AUGUCACAGAUAUGUGUUGCACCAGAUUACCUGAUGGUUGCCACUGGCGGCGAUCAUUCGGUUUUGAACAAUGUCAUCGACGCCUUCAAAGUCGCCGCGCUUUUAACUCGAACCAAAGGCAAAGCUAUCGUUGGGGGAAAGGUGGAUGCCGAGAGGCUGAAAAUUGAAACCAACAAUUUUGGGCCUAUAUUUCCUGUCGUCAAAGUUAGCACCUUUGAAGACGUGUGCAAUUUUGUAUCCAACGGAGACCACCCUUUGGUGCUGUAUACGUUUACUGAAAACGACGAUGUCAAGUCAUUGAUACGGGAUAAUACCACGAGCGGCAACAUCGUUUAUAACGACACGUUCAUUCAGUUGGCAGGUACAGCGCGUCCACGUCUGUCGAUUCUGUCUGUUUACAACUUUUCGCCAGGUGUCGGCGAAUCGGGCCACGGCCGCCAAACUACUCGUUACGGAUUCGAGUUAUUUACGAUCAUCCAUCAUUAUGCCUUUGGAGAUAGAACCAUUCUUCGUUAUCCGCCGUACACAGAUGGGAACCUGAGGGUGUUGAACCAGGGCAUUGAUAUGAAGGUUCCGACAUUCUCCCUCACGGAGGGCAUCUUAUCACAUUAG